CGCCGCGCAUCCAGCGAGCGGAGCCGGGGUCGAGCGUGAGCUUCGCUGCUGCCGCUGGAGUUGGUGCCCGCCGGAGCCCCGGAUCGGGGCCUGGAGCCAUGGCUGAGCACAUGAUGAUGUCCAUGAGCCACGGUGGCAGCGGGCUGCAGGGUUACCGCAUGGGGGUGAGCGGGCUGCAGGGACCCCCGCAGCAUGGGCAGCACGUGCUGAGGACGCUGCCUGCCGCCGGUCAGAUGAUGCCCUAUGGAGGGGCCACCAUGGAUGGUGCGAUGAGGCCAAGACCCAACCUCAACGGACAGAUGAGCCACCACCAGAUGCAGAGCGCGAUGAUGUUCAACGGCCCCAGCCAGCAGCAGCAGCAAUACAUGGGGCCGGUGGGCACCCAGCAGCUGAUGGCCAGCAUGCACCUACAAAAACUCAACACCCAGUACCAGGGUCACCCCCUGGGUAUGAGCAAUGGGCCCAUGGGAGCUGGUGCCCAGCAGUACAGAGUGGGGCCAAGCCAGCACCCAGCCAUGCAGCACAUGCCCUCACCAGCGCUGACCUUGAACGUUAUGGACACUGAUCUCAUAGAUGAGGAGGUCUUGACAUCCCUUGUCCUGGAACUGGGGUUGGACCGGAUUCAGGAGCUGCCAGAGCUAUUCUUGGGACAGAACGAGUUCGACUUCAUUUCAGACUUUGUUAGCAAACAGCAGCCCAGUGCCAUCAGCUGUUGAGGGGCUUGGAGCUCCUCCUUGCGUCUUGGUGGUUUUGAGUUUGUUUCUAACUUCCUUCUCCACCUGCCAUCCUCCUCCCUUCCCCUGCCUUGCCCUGCCCUGGAUUCCUGCCCUCCCCAAAGAGACAAUCAUCGGACACUGGCUUGCAAUGGAUUGCUUUUUGUUUUGGUUUUUGUUUUUUCCUUCUGUGUGGUUUUCCUG